AUGAGGACUCCUCCGGAGAGUGACUUGCACUCCGUGGUCUGGCAAGAUGCUUGCGAGGAUUACGCCAGACAAACCGGGAUUGCGGUCGGGGAUGAGCGUUUCCCCAGAAUCCAGGGGCUUGAAGAUCUAUCUCGCCAGCUGGAGUGUGAGAAGGACAACUUCGAAGAUUUCCGGAUGAAGAAACGGCCCCUAUUCCAUGCAAUGCAAACCGUGCUGGUGCCAUUUGAAGAAUGGGGUGGAUUGAUUGCUGACGGUGUCGCUGUGGCGUUCCCACCAGCAUCGUCAAUUAUGGGGGCUAUGCUUCUUCUUGUCCGAGCGGCACGCAGAGUUAGCGACGCAUUUGACGUGAUCCUCGACCUUUUCCAAAGCCUCGGGAAUUUCGCCUUGCGACUAGAGUCAUACAAGGGCAUCGCUAUAAGCGGCGGUAUGAAAGUGAUCAUCGUAAAAGUUUUGGUCAACUUCCUCAAAGUCUGCGCGGCGUCACAUAAUCUAUUGAACAAGGGCUCAGUCAAGGCAAGGCUGUCUAAGUGGGCAAAGAAUAUCCUUGUUGAGGACUCAUCCGUGAAGGCUUUGCUGGGUGAGCUCCAGGAUUUGACGAGCGUGGAGCAUAUGAUGGUCUCUGCCCACGGCCUCAAUCUCACUCAUCAAGCUCUGAAAAAUACCGAACAAUUACUGGAUCGGGACGAGCGGAAAACCGACGGUGAAAGACUGGAGCGUAUCAAACAAGUGUUAGAGCCGAUACCUGCAUCUAGCCAGGUUCUAUCUUCCGUCACGCAGAACCGCUUACCGGGUUCUGGUAGCUGGGUCGAAGAUAGGCUCCGAUCAUGGUGGCAGGGACCAGAGCCGCUUCUCUGGAUACACGGUGGCCCUGGUGUUGGCAAAUCUCAUUUGGCAUCCAAAAUAAUCAACGAUCUGUCAAAAAGGUCACCUGCACCUACUGUGGCAUCUUUCUUUUUCAAAAACAACGAUGUCGACUUACGAUCCUUCAAUAAAGCCCUUCGAACCCUCGUCUGGGAGGUGGCUACGCAACAGCCCAGCUUUGCGGUCGAGGCCGAGCAGUUCUGCUUGAAGGAAGAGCCAGGGAGUAAUUACGCCCUAUGGGUGAAUCUUUUCCUGAGAUACUUUACCCAGGGUUCCUCCGCCAACACAACUUAUUUAGUAAUUGACGGUAUCGAUGAGGCUGAGCCACAGGAGCAACAAAAUCUCUUCAACUCUUUGGAGGAAGCCUUCUCAGAGGCACACCUUGCAGGGCAGCCUGCUUUAUUAAGAAUUGUUUUGUUGAGCCGAGAUUCGGUGCGCAGUCUGCUCGAAGAGCAUUCAUUGGAGUGGGUCCCAGAAAUUGAAGUUGGCGACGAGCAGACCAAGGACGAUCUUCACCAAUACAUUUCUCAGAAACUACAGAAGACUAAGCUGUUCCGGGGCUAUCCUGACCUUCUUGAAGAAGUCAUCCACGACAUCAAACAAAAAGCCGAAGGCUUGUGGGAGUGGGCAAAUCUCGUCAUCAGAUCAGUCCUACGUUGUCGCUCCAAAGAGCAGAUACGGAAGGUGAUCAAAAAAUUGCCUCAAGGUAUUAGUGCUAUGCUCCAACAAGAGUUACAGCGCCUCAGUGCAGAAUUAUCUGGACAGGAAGAAUUAUCUGAUGGUGUGGAAUCCGAGGGUGACAGUCCUGCCACACCAAUAGAGCAGUUAAAUGUUUUGCUCACUUUUGUUGCCUUGGCCCAGAAACCUAUGACCAUUGAACAACUCAGUGUCAUCCUUGAUGUUCUGCUUAAGGAGGAAUAUAUGGGCCUUGAAGAUGAUCUUCGUACGCUUUACUCUUCGUUGUUCUACGUCAGGGCGAGUGAUGAACCCAACCCCCGUCAGGGUGAAGCGGUCGUUACGUUACGGCAUGGUUCUUUUUAUGAAUUUUUCCAGACGGCUGGAAAAUCUGGACCGAUUCACGUCAACUUGGAUCUGGCAGAUGUGACGUUCUCAUACGUCUGUCUCUACGCCCUGAAUGAGAGCUGUACACCUUUGUCAGAAAGAUCCACAUUUGCUCUUCGGCAAUAUGCUGAAGAGUUCUUGCCGUUUCAUCUAGGCCGUUCUGACUCGGAGAAAGCUGGAACCCUACGGAGGGACAUCUCAUACUUCCUUGUGGACAUGUUCAGCAGCGCGAAAGAUAGAGACUGGCUGAUUACUGAAGUGCAUGUAUUCGAGUGUGGAACGCACGCUUCCUACCCAGCAUGCUGGCUGUCGGAUCUCGGUUACUACUGGCUGGAUGCUGGAGACCGUGCUACCGCAAAUGAGAGGGCAGAUCUUAUACUCAACUGGUUACUUCCGGACGCGAAGCAGAAGUUCGUGUCUUAUGCCCGGUCUGCCGCAAUGGCAAGCGAUGCCUGCGCCUUCACUGUCCUUUGGUCCUUCAGGGCGGUGUACUGGGCUCAACGCUGGCUACAGCCAGAGGAAAUCAAUGAGGGUGAUGGGUUGUCUGCCAUUGUGCCUGCAUUCUUGACGGUAUACGAUUCUAUGGCAAAUGGAUCAAAGGAAUCCGCGGCGGAACAAGUCACAUCAACCCAGGAACCCUUAAGAGGCGGCUCGAUUGUGAAAGUGUCCGAUGAAUUGAAGAACAACAAUAUGCCUGCUGGAAUUUUGGUACCUGCGGAGCUGCGACAAGUUGACCAGACACGUAUGUGGCACGCACGUGUGGCUCAGGCUUUGCUAGCGCGAAAUGGUAGCGGGCACGCGAUUGAGCAUUUUCGGAUUGCACUUCGCGAAGAUUUGAUCGGGCCCAAAUUCACCACCCCAUCGUUAUAUGUCAUACACAAAGACAUGUCCCGUGCAUAUACCAAGCUCGCGAUGCACAAACUGGCCCUGGAGCACCUCGAGAUAUCUGAAGCUCUCCGCAAUACCUUUAGGGAGGUUGACAAUAGGCAGGGUGAUGACACCACCUAUGAUCGUAUCCGAGACAUGAUUCACAAAGCGCAGAAGAAAUACAAUGCAAAGUUAACAGAUGGCGCAAUUGUAACAGCAGAGGAAGCCUGGAACCUCUUGUUAGAAACGCGAUAUACCGACGCUGAUAGUUUGCUACGUCCGUUUUUCGAAAUCUUCGUGGAGUUGAACCAAUUCCAUCGUCUGCGAUCCGUGUUUGACUUUGCAUUCAGCUAUUUCGAAGAGGCCGCGGAGUCUGGAACCGAAACCUGGUUUUCGGGGUUUGACAGCUUUAUCGGUCAUACUCUCACCCAGAUACCACGUGCCAUGUACACAGUCCUCCAUUGUGCCAUCAAGCAAAUUGAUCAAGAAUACCUUGACAUCGCCACCAGGGCUCUUGGGGAAAUCGACCUCGAUGUUGCCAAUGGGAGUCCCAUGGAAGCCAAGUACUUUCUCUCAACUGCACUAUUCGAGAAGGGGUGCAUAGAGUCAGGAAUACUGGGCUGGCACGACGUGGCUUCCCGUUCUACAGGGUCUCUCGAUUCGUGGGAAAGAGCUUCCCAGAUACUUUCCAUUUGCAAAUUAGCCUCUCUGUGCUUAGAAGAUGAGAGACCCCUUUGUUGGAAGUGGCCUCCAUUAACAUUGGGUGAAGGCUUUGACUUCAGCGACGUCUCAUUACUUCUCUCCACUUGGUUCAGAGAUCACGGUGACUAUGCAAGCGCCAGGGAUGCUCUCCGCUGGCGUGUGAAAGGGUGUCUUUCCUUGCUUUUGGAUGAUGAUCCUGCAAAUGACACGGACGCAUUCGUAGGACUUUUCAAGGUUUUUCUGCUUGCUACAGAUAGCGAUGCAGACCUCGAAGCAGCCUUGUAUAUGAUCAAGCACAAUACAGAACCGCGAAUGCUGGUCUUCCAUAACAGAACGAAUGCCUCGAUCAAACCCGACAGUGAUUCACAGAUUGGUAUUUCCAAUGAACUUGAGACCUUGCAACUGACAGGAAACAAAGUUCAUUCUUUGGAAAGCGAUAGCGAUGAUGAUUGGAUAGACGAUAUCGCCUCUGUUGGUUUUGUGUCUGAUCCCUUGACCGAGCUAUUGGAGUCGGACAAUCUUAAUCCAUUCGCAAGUGUUUGCAAUCCUGAGCAUCAGUUUUUCUUCACGGGCUCGCUUCUCCGACCUUCUGAGCGUGUGCCCGAAGGCAUGGUCCCUUUGGUUUCUGCCACUGGCGAGAAGCAGGUUAUUUGGGUUGAAGAGUGGAAAGAUAGGCUUGCGGAGAAGUGGAAGAGCGCGGAAGUUGCGUUCCCUGAUGGCGGAUUUGUGGCUUGGUGUAAGCAGGUUCUCCCUGAACCGCAGAAGACGCGGUGGGCUACGGUUUUCAAGGCGUAA